UGAAAUUUCUUCUCUCUCUUCAAGUUUCUCUCUCAUCUCUUUGUUGUUUCCCACCAUUUCCUCCUUCCUUCCUUUUCUUGCCAACCAAAUUGGUCGCACGUCGGUUCUAGCUCGUUGGCCUCACGCCGGCGGCCCACCGAACGCCGCCUAGCCCCCGGUGGUCCCUCUCAUUCUCCUCCUUCGUCCCUUGGUGAAAACCGCCAUCUCCGGCGGCUGAUUGAUGGGCUUAAACCGAUUUGUUCUAGUCAGUUCAAUGAACCGACGAUCGAGUCGGUUUUCAAGUUUACCAGCUCGACUGCCGGUUUGGCAACUGAGAUCGGCAAAACAGACCCCGCCGAUCUAUCCCUGAGUUUGUUCCCGACCUUGCUGUGGCCCGAUCUCUUGGGAGAGUCCAAAACCGGUCCAAGUAGGACCGAUUCUGUUCCAGCCAAAACCGAAGGCCGCCAGUGCUCUCAGGAGCCUCCAACCGCUGGCGAUCAGUAGCUCCAGAGGUCCCUGACCUCGCCGUAGUUAGGGAUAGGCGGAUUGGCUACCGGAUCAGCCGAUCUCCACCGGUGAAUCAAGACCGAUCCAACUUUGGACCAAUUCCGGCGUUUGCUUCAAACCAGCAGUUCAACUGACCUCGAUUCAGUUCCCUCGGUGGUUUGUGAUUAUCUGAUCGUGAUUCCGGAGAUCCGUGUGCGUUCCGAAGAGCUUGAUUCGAUCGACGACGUCUACAAUCAACGAAAACGCGUAAAAGGACAUGGUAAUUCUUCCUUACAAAGACAGCCUUCUGUUAUUCAGUCAGUAUCUACAGCAAUUUGACCCGGAUGGCAAUCGACUACAUACAACAUUUGAGAGAGGGUGUGCACAACUUCUUCGGAACAUUCAUUGAAGUGCUUUGUGAUAGACCACCUGGUCAUGAUUGGGAGCUUGAACCAGGUUUCACCUGUAGUGACUAUCUGUUUGGAAUGCUUCAGGAGCUUGUCGAGCCUCUGACUCUUGAAGAAGUAGCUGAACAUUGCCAUUCUCCUGAAGAGAUCAUCGCUCACAUGGCUGCCUACAACAGAGCAAUCAUUGCUGAGGGCAGUUGUGGAUCGCCUAGAAGCAUCAAAGUUUUCCUCGGGGAGUGUAAUGUUGAUGAGUUAUAUGCUUGAUUUUCGCAGAAGUUGGGUGUCUCGCUGCGCACCUCUUCGUAAAUUUUCAAUAAACUGAUUUUGAUUGUGGUACUGAAUCUUCAUCAGAACGGGGGAUAAUUUGGGAGAUGGAAUUCUUUUACUGGAAGAUCUUUGCCUUAUUUGGCUGAAGAUCUUUGUCUUUCAAAAAUUUUGGAAUUCUAGAGUCUGCAUGUCACUUUACAAUAUGCUCCAGGCUCUUACCAUGCCGCCAUAUGCAUGGAAAAGCGUGAAGCUGUCAAAGUUAAGAUAUGAGUUUUCACUGUACAUUCUAAGGAUAAAGCAGGUCUGUGCGGAUUAGUUGGACCAAAUAAUUAUUGUAGAGGCCAGAAUUUUUAAGUGUUUGCUAUUACUUGCCGGCAAAGGGCCCACUCCAUUGAAGUUAACUAUGAGGAAAACAAUACCAUAUGUGAGAGAUGAACUUUUUUCUGGACCCAGUGCUGUUGGAAUCAGUGACUUGAUUUGAGGAUU